GGAGGAGCUACUUUACGUGUCGUCAUCAACGAGCGUCUAGCUGUGUACUCGUAUGCGCGCCAGUGUGACAGCGUGUGUUCAGGUUAGCUGAGACAAGCAUCAGGUUAACUUUAUCAACCGAGGUACCAUUAACAGCCCCAGGUAUGGACAUGGACAGUGCCAGUACGGUGGUGCUGCAGGCCCUGACCCAGGCCACGAGUCAGGACACGGCCCUCCUCAAGCCUGCUGAGGAGCAGCUUCGACAGUGGGAGACCCAGCCUGGCUUCUACUCUGUGCUACUGAAUAUCUUUACCAACCACCUGUUGGAUGUAAACGUCAGGUGGCUAGCUGUGCUCUACUUCAAGAACGGCAUCGACAGAUACUGGAGGAGAGUCGCACCCCAUGCUCUGUCAGAAGAGGAGAAGACUUCACUGCGAGCCGGCCUGAUCACGAACUUCAACGAGCCCGUCAACCAGAUAGCCACCCAGAUUGCCGUGCUGAUAGCCAAGGUGGCCCGCCUGGACUGUCCCAGACAGUGGCCGGAGCUCAUACCCAUCCUCCUGGAGUCGGUCAAGGGACAGGGCGGCCUGCCCCAGCACCGCGCGCUCCUCACCUUCUACCACGUCACCAAGACCCUGGCCUCCAAACGGCUGGCCCAGGACAAACGCCUCUUCCAGGAUCUGGCGUCGGGUAUCUACAGCUUCGCCUGCUCGCUGUGGAGCCACCACACUGACUGCUUCCUGCAGCACGUCUACGCCACGCCACGGGACGAGGCGGCCGCCCUGGGCUCCCUGGAGAGGACGCUGCUGUCACUGAAAGUUCUCCGGAAGCUCACAGUCCAUGGUUUCCAGGAGCCCCAGCAGAACUUGGAAGUGAUGGGCUUCCUGAAUGCAGUCUUUGAGCGGUUAAAACAGUUCCUGGAAUGCUGUCGACACUUGGGUCCAGAUAGCUCAUGCAGAGAGAAGCUGGAGAAGACCAUCAUCCUCUACACUAAGGUGCUGCUGGACUUCCUGGAGUGCCACCCGUGCCCGUUCAUCCCCCUCAUCCAGCGCUCGCUGGAGUUCGCCGUCAGCUACGUGUUCACGCCCGCGGGCGAGGGCGUGGCCUUCGAGCGCUUCACCGUCCAAUGCAUGAACCUGAUGAAGAUGAUCGUGAAGAACGACGCCUACAAGCCGGCCAAGAACAUAGAGGACAGUAAAGCAGAAAGUCUCGAGGCUCACAAGAUCAAGACGGCGUUCUUUACACACGCCACCCUGACCGAAAUCGGACGCCGCCUGGUCUCCCACUACUUCCUGCUGACCAAGGAGGAAGUGACCAUGUGGGAGGAGGACCCGGAGAGCUUCGCUGUUGAAGAGACGGGGGGGGACUCUUGGAAGUACAGUCUGAGGCCGUGCACCGAAGUGUUGUUCCUGGACAUCUUCCACAACUACAGCCAGACGCUGACCCCUGUUUUGCUGGAGAUGGUGCAGAACCUACAAGGCCCAACGAAUGUGGAGGACCCUGUCCAGUUACUGAUGAAGGAUGCAGUGUACAAUGCGGUAGGGUUGGCGGCGUACGAGCUAUUCGACAAUGUGGACUUCGACACGUGGUUCAAGAACCAACUCCUGGGGGAGCUUCAAGUUGGUCAUCACAGAUACAAGCUGAUACGGCGGCGGGUCAUCUGGCUGAUAGGUCAGUGGAUCUCUGUCAAGUUUAAGUCUGACCUCCGACCCCUGCUGUACGAGGCCAUACUCAGUCUUAUGCAGGACCCUGACCUGGUGGUGCGGAUUGAGACGGCCUCCACUCUGAAACUCACUGUCGACGACUUUGAGUUCAGGACAGAACAGUUCCUGCCUUACUUGGAGUCCAUAUUUGGCCUGCUGUUUCAGCUGCUGCAGCAGGUGACAGAGUGUGACACUAAGAUGCAAGUGCUCCAUGUCAUCUCCUGUGUCAUCGAAAGGGUCAGCAUCCAGAUCAAGCCAUAUGUGGGGUGUCUAGUCCAAUACCUCCCCCUGCUCUGGAAGCAGUCAGAGGAACACAACAUGCUCCGGUGUGCCAUACUCACAACACUUGUCCACCUGGUCCAGGGCCUGGGGGCAGAGAGCAAAAACCUGUAUCCAUUCCUGCUUCCUGUGAUCCAGCUGAGCACAGACGUGUCCCAACCCCCCCACGUCUAUCUGCUGGAGGAUGGACUGGAGCUCUGGUUGGUGACCUUGGAGAACAGUCCGUCCGUCACCCCCGAACUGCUGAGAAUUUUCCUGAACAUGUCAGCUCUGUUUGAGCUAAGUUCAGAGAACCUGAGAACAUGCUUCCAGAUAGUCAACGCGUACCUGUACUUAUCCGUCACCCAGUUCCUACAGAACUAUGGAGAGGCCUUGUGCAGAUCCUUCUGUGGUCUUCUCAAAGACAUCACCAAUGAGGGGCAGGUUCAAGUUCUAAAGGUGGUGGAGAUAGCCCUGAAGGUCAGCCCCGUGUUGAGCACCCACACUUUCCAGCCUCUGCUCCCGUACGUGUUCCGGGGCGUGGUCGAAGGCGAGAGGUACCCAGUGGUGAUGUCCACCUACCUAGGCAUCAUGGGAAGGGUCCUGCUUCAGAACUCCUCCUUCUUCUCCUCCCUCCUCACCCAGAUGGCUUCCGAGUUCCACCAAGAGAUGGACCAUUUGUUGGGCGCCGUCAUUGAAAUGUGGGUGGACCGCAUGGACAACAUCACCCAGCCCGAGAGAAGGAAGCUGUCCGCCCUGGCCCUUCUGUCUCUGCUGCCGUCGGAACACAGUGUGAUCCAGGAUAAGUUCUGUGGAAUCGUCAACAUCUGUGUGGAGGCGCUGCAUGAUGUUAUGACUGAGGACCCCGAUACGGGAACCUUCAAAGACUGUAUGCUGAUGAGCCACCUGGAGGAGCCCAAGCUGAGUGACGAUGAGGAGCCCCCCACUGAACAGGACAAGAGGAAGAAGUUGCUGGCCUUGCAGGAUCCAGUGCACAGCGUGCCCAUGCAGCAGUACACGUAUGAGAAGCUGAAGGCCCAGCAGGCUGGGAUGGGCGACCAGGCCUUCGCGGCGCUGAUGGAGACGGUGGACGCGGAGAUCGUCAGGCAGCUGCAGGAGUUCCUCCAGGCCGCGUGAAGGACGGAGGCAGAGACGGGGGGGGGUGGGGGUGGG